AUGUCUUGCAUUUGCAAGUUAUUUAUAAUUGAAAACCCAGAAAAAUUUCAACAUUCCGAUAAGAAAACCCUAAUCGUGAUAUCUUCUCCUCUAAAACGCAAUGGUGUUGUGGCGUAUACGUGCAAAUAUGGAGGAAAUCGAUGUUGGACGUCGUUACUGUUAUACCAUGGUGGAGAGUUCACCAAAUUUCCUGGAAGAAAGUACAUCAAAGGAAAACAAACGUAUAUAGACUUACUCGACAUGGAUACUUUCUCAGUGCAUGACAUUGAUGAAAUGAUGGAACAGUUAGGCUAUGUUGAUGAAGGUAUACCUUUGUACUAUCACUUUAAACGACCUUUUUCAGAUUUAGAUUUCGGGUUAUUUGCUUUGGGUAGUGAUCAGGAUGUGAGACAUCUGGGUACCUUCAUUUCCAAGCAUAAGUUGAUUGAAGUCUAUAUUGAGCAUGGAAAAACCCAAUUACAUACGUACACAAUGUCCCCAAAUCAAGCAAAAGUUCAAAUAAAGGAAAUUAUUGAACCUCCAUCAUGUUCUCGUAGGCUUUUCUUAGAUUGGUAUGAUACUGGGGAGACAAAUGUUGUUGGGGAUGCUUCUAAAGAGGCUAAUGAAGGAAAUCCAUGCGUUGAAGUUGAAAUUGGGGACAAAUUUGAGCACACGAAUGAAGUUGAAUUUAGGGAUGGUAACAAGGGUGGAGAAGAUCCAUGGUCUGAAUUUGAAAGUGGGGACAUGUUUGAGGACAUAAACGAAGAAGAAUUUGGAAGUGGGGACAACUUUGACGAUGAUAGUGGUUAUAAAUCCAGUGAGUCCGAUGAUAUAGACUUUUAUGUUGACAAUGACAACAUCUUAGAUGAUGUAGAAGUUGACAUGAAUGAUUUCAAUGAUAACAUUGAUAUGGAUGCAGAGUGGGUUGGAGGUAUGAAUGACAAUGUGGUACAAGAAGAGAAUGAAGUUGGAGAGCUUAAUGAAGUACUAAAUAACGAGGUACUUUUGUCAGGAUCAUCUUCGGAUGAAGGUCCAGUUGGUCAACGAAAGAAGACCAUCAAAGCUAUCCAACGAGCUCAUGAGAAUGAUGAAGCAAAUGUUGCUGAACCAUUUUAUAUCCUUCAAACCUUUAAUACAGCCCAAGAGUUUAAAGAAAGAGUUAAAGUCCAUGCUAUUGAGACAAGAAGGGAACUUGGUUUUGAAAAAAAUGACAAGAAUAGGGUAAGAGUUGUGUGUAGGGGGACAAUACCAAAACUGGGAAACUUAGACAAAAGUGGGGAAGGUCAACAAGAAGUCAACAAUGAAGAUGAAGAGAAGUGCCCGUGGAGCCUCUACGCUAGUAAAUGGAAACGUGAUAUAAACUGGAUGGUCAAGUCUUACAACAAAGAACAUCGUUGUCUCCAAACUCGGAAUGUUAAAGCGUGUACUUAUAAGUUUCUUGCCAAAAAGAUUACAACUCAGGUGGAAUCUAACCCAACUAUUCCAAUUCGUGCUUUACAAGAACAACUGCAACGUGAUUACCAAGUGGGACUUUCCAAGAUGAAAGUGUUUAGGGCUAGAACUGAAGCUCUCAAUCAGGUGCGAGGGGAUUAUGUUGGUCAGUAUGCUCUAUUGAGAGACUAUGUUCAAGAACUUCAAAAACAUAACCCAGACACGACUGUAAAGAUUGAUGUAGAGAGUGAACCAAAUCCAAAUUCAGAAACUAGAACUUUCAAGCGCAUAUACAUCUGUCUUGGUCCUUUAAAAAAGGGAUUUGCUGCUGGAAGAAGAGACUUUCUUGGUCUCGAUGGUGCUUUUAUGAAGGGUCCAUACCCAGGACAAAUACUUUCAGCUGUGGGAAUUGAUGGUAAUAAUGGAACAUAUCCACUGGCUUAUGCUGUUGUGGAAUCUGAGAGUACCAACUCAUGGACUUGGUUUCUAACUUGUCUAGGGGAUGAUUUGGGUUUAGGAACAAACUCAAAUUUUACGUUUAUGACAGACAGACAAAAGGGAGUGUUACCUGCUAUAGCAAAGUUGUUUCCAUGCGCUGAGCAUCGUUAUUGUCUUCGUCAUAUCCAUGAAAACAUGAAAGCUAAUUGGAGGGCAAAGCAAUUCAAAGACUUGCUAUGGGAUUGUGCAAAAGCAUCUACUAUUCAACAGUUUCAACGAUCAAUGGAGGAACUUAGAAAACUUAAUAAUGAUGCGUAUGAGUGGCUUAAAAACAUUCCUCCUCAACAUUGGUCUCGUUCACACUUUACAGGUAGAGCUCAUACAGAUGCUAUGCUUAACAAUAUGUGUGAAUCUCUAAAUAGCAAGAUUGUUGAAGGUCGUGAUGUACCAAUCAUUACAUGUUUGGAGUACAUUAGAGAGUACUUAGUGAAGAAAAUUGUAACUGUGCAAAAGGAAAUUGAUAAAGCUGUAGGUCCCUUGACUCCUACAGCUACCAUAUGGGUUGAAAAACUGAAGAAAGAGGCUUCACAAUUAAGGAACAUGUGGGAGAAGUCUACAUGCCCUACAACCUUACUCCCUCCAAAACACCAUGUGCCCAUUGGAAGACCAAAGAAAAAGAGAAGGAGAUCUGCCAUGGAGGUUGAGGAUUUGGUGAAAGGUAACCAAUUGUCAAGAGCACAAAAAUCAGUGACAUGUUCUAAGUGUAACAAAAGUGGGCAUAAUGCAAGGACUUGCAAGGGACAGAAGGCUGGUGGUUCUCAAACUUCAAGGAAUGUUGGUGGAUCACAAACUUCAAAGAUUGUUGGUGGUGCUGGUAGUGAAAAAGUGAAGGUUGGAAGUGAAAAAGUGAAGGCUGGUGGAUCACAAACUUCAAGGAAUGUUAGUGGUGCUGGAAGUGCAAAAGUGAAGGAUGGAAGUGCAAAAGUGAGGGCAAGUGUUAGCAAAAAAGGGAAAGGUGUCCCAUAA